UAGCAUGACUACGUUGGGCCAACGUUGGCAUAUGGUUGUACGGUUGGCCAAUGGUUGGCGUUGGUCAUACAACGUUGGCCCGACGUUGGCCCAACAACAACUUGUUUUACUCGACAGCAAGUGAAGAUAAGUUGGGAACACUACGUUGGCCCAACAUUGGCCCCCUGUUAGUACAUUUCAGUGCUGAAUUACCUAGGUUGGUCCAACGUUGGUCUUACGUUGACCCGAUGUUGUAAGCCCAAGCAGGUUUACAACAAAUUCAAACAAAAGUGAUUAUCUGUAAUCAAAGUUGAUAUAUAUAUAAUCAAUCAUUUUUUAAAAAUACACUUCAUAAGAUUUUUUAAUAGUGAUUUUUUUUUCAAAAUCACUAUAUAAUAAAAUGUAUUGUUUGCGUGAGAAUAACUAAUCAUAAAUUAAAGUCUUUUAUACUGUAGUAAAACAGGAACAAGGACAUAAAUGUUUUGGUAAAUAUUUUAGUGGCCUUAAGGAUACCAUUUUCUAUGCAUGUUUACUGCCCACAAAACUGGAUCAGCGCUUCUCACAGCAAGGGUCGGACCAGUUCCCUUGGUAACCGUGACAUCUGAUACUAGGGAUGGUCAAGCUGCCUGCAGAUGUUACAUUCUUAUCAGGGACCUUGUCCGAGCUGUUCAACUGGUUGUACACAGUACACGUGCUAUUUCGACUUACACAGAAGAUAUUUGGAUUAAUCACGAAGAAGAAAGAGAGCAUUUCUUUGACCAAAAGACAAUCUACCGUAAGGAAGAACCGCCUGUGUGCGACAGCAACAUAUUCGGAAAUUGCAGCAAUUGGAAAAGAUUGGUUCAGAUUUGCUUGUGAUCGCGAUGGUGGCAGGAAAAGGAGAGAGGAACAAAAUAGGACACAACAGGCAGCUACUGUAACUAUCAAUGCUGUGCUUAGUGACAAUUCCGAACAGGACUGAUCUGGGACAGAUAACUAAAAUUAACAUCUGAUAAUCAUUUAUCAGUUUUUACUCUUUAUAAUGAUACAUAACAUACUGUAUUUAAAACUGUCAUCAUAAAAAAAAUAAAUUGUAAAGCACUUGCCAAUAUGACAACUGAUUAAUUUUUAUGUUGCCAGCAUUACACAUAAGCAUCACUUUAUCUACUGUUUGUUACGUUGGGCCAAUGUUGGGCCUAUGAAGGUGAAACCAAUAGUUGGAAAUACACACUUGAAACCAACGAUGGGCCAACGUUGGCUAUCU